CCUGUGUUCAGUGACAGAUGAAAAGCAGAUGUUUGUGACGAGCGUAUCGAGUGUCUGACUAACUGUGGAGGUGAAACUUUGCGUACUGUAAGAAUGGAUUUGCUUCCACGCAGUCAUAAAGAGUUUGGCUCAGUAGAAUACUGGGACAAAUUCUUCAAGAAAAGGGGAAGUAAGGCUUUUGAGUGGUAUGGGGAGUAUCCUGAACUGUGUGACGUCCUGCACAAGUACAUCAAACCCUCAGACAAGAUUCUCAUGGUCGGCUGCGGCAAUUCUCAGCUUAGCGGGGACAUGUAUGACGUAGGACACCGCGACAUCACCAACAUUGAUAUCAGUGAUAUCGUCAUCAAACAGAUGACGGACAAAAACAGAGAAAAACGUCCUGAUAUGAAGUGGGUGAAAAUGGAUAUGUCUCAGAUGUCUUUUGCUGAUGGACAGUUUAGUGCGGUGUUAGAUAAAGGGACACUGGAUGCUGUGAUGACAGACGACAGUGAGGAAGUCUCGUCGAAAGUUGAUCAGAUGUUUAAAGAAAUCGGGAGGGUUUUACGACAAGGGGGACGAUAUGUCUGCGUGUCACUUCUACAAGAUCAUAUUCUUAGAAAAGUACUCAAAUAUUUUCCAGAAAUAGGCUGGCCAGUGAGAAUACAUCAGAUUUCUGAACAGACUAAUCCUGCUGAAGAAAAAGAAUUCCACAUGCCAGUGUUUUUAUUAGUGUUCACAAAGUUUAGGAAAAUACCAUCCAGUAGACAAAUAUUAGAAGUAUCAAAUGAUGAUGAUAAAAUCCAGAGGUUUGACGAUGUGGAGAAGCUAUCAGCCUGGGUCAAGGAAUCUCAAUAUUAUGCUGUCAUUAAACAUCAACUGUCACAAAAAUCCAUAUCAGAUGAGCAGAUUACAUUAGAACUGUUUGGGCUGAAUUCUGACUCUCCCCGGUACACGCUCUAUGUGGUUGACAGCCCAACCAAAUGUUCCAAUAAAUUUGCAAUAUUUAUUGUUCCAGAGGGAAGGGAAACGGAAUGGCUGUUCUCCAGUACUACGGGAAGGAGUCAGUUGUGUCGCAGUGCAGGGUUUGAAAGACUAGUCAUUGUCACGCUCCACAGAAUGCAGAAAUAUGAAAGUCUAGAGAAGAUUAAAGCUGAGUUAUCGACAAAAGUCAUGGAGCUGUCACCCCCGUCAUUACCCAGGGGGAUACAGGUUCCAUUCUUGUCUAUGGGAGAAGACAUAGGUCUGCGGACAAUUCAGCAUCAAGGUCAAAGUCCACACAGCGGCGAGUUCGUCGUGGAGGAUGUGGAAGGAGACGCAGGAAGUCUCUUCAGACGCCUCAUAUUCCUUAGCAACCAAAAUGCCAUCCAAUCAGAAGUUAGGCUUUUGAAAGAUACAGUGAAGAAAAAAGGUGGCAAGAAGACAAAUCUAGUGAGCAUUGACAGUAGCUACCUAGCCUGUCAGAAUCACACAGCCAUGGUGGCUGGCUUGGCAUUGGUGGAGGAGAUACAAAAUUUCUUAGAAGUGGGCUUCUCAGCUUUAGUGUUGGGUCUGGGUGGUGGUGGGCUCCCGAAGUUUAUACACGACCACUUCACUAAGGUAUCUCUGACAGCUGUAGAAAUUGACCCGGUUAUGCUUACGGUGGCAACCGACUGGUUUGGAUUCCAAGAAAGCGAUCGCCUCAAGGUUGCCAUCGGUGAUGCAGAAGAUGUGAUCAAGCAGAUGGCAGAUGGAGGAGAGCAACAUCUGGUGGUGAUGCUGGAUAUUGACAGCAAGGACAAGACAAUGGGAAUGAGUAGUCCCCCUUUGGUGUUUGUUCAGCCAGAGUUUCUGAAGACAAUAAAGCAGCUGCUUCAUCCUGAAGGUGUUUUUGUGCUGAAUCUGGCUUGCAGAGACGAGUCCUUAAAGACUCAGGUGAUAAGUGACAUCCAGGCUGUGUUUCCCAAGCUGUACUGUGUUAGCGUCUCAGGUGAGGUUAACGACAUUCUCUACUGCCUUCCCUGUGAACGCCCAGACCUGCCAGACCUCGCUGAUGAGACUUUACCAACGGAACUGUCCAACGAUCUUAGGACUCUCAAUAAACUCAUCAACAAAGCAGCAAUUAAUGAUGAACUGCCAGAUCUUUUGGAAGCCAUGGAAGGCUUGAAAGCUCUCUAAUGACAACCGUCCAGGCUACUUGUCAUUCAGAUCAGAUUGUCUGUAAACCAUUACACUGUAAGAGUGAUCUAAGGUAUUGGCAGGCAGUUGUUUUUGUUUUUUGAGCAGGCGUGGGAUUGUGACACCCCUUCCAGGAGACUACCUUCCUUCCUUGCACACCCAGGGUCUUCAAUAAGUGCAAGUAGCAGGCUGCAAAUAGCUGCCUACUGCUGUCCCUGUAGCUGCCUACUUUGGUAUUCUCACCAUUUAAGCCUAUAGUAACUGUAACGUAAUUGCUUUCAAUUCAGCUGCCUACUUUUGAGCUCUGACUACCUACUCUGAAUCUAAAUAUAAACCCUCCCCAGAGUCUAGAUUACAUUCACGUAAACAGUGAGUGCAUCGACUGUCGAUCUAGUGGAUCGAGUCAGUGCAAGUCUUUUACCACUACGAGUACUACCACUGAUGGCAGACUUUUUGUCCCUACCCAAAACAUUUGCGCCUACUGGAGAAUGGAAAUGACUGUCUGAUACAGGCUGAGACUAACUGUGAGCAUUGUCUUCACACUAAACAAGUAUAUAUGUCGCAUUAUGUUUACAAAAAAGCUUGUUGUGGCUUGCUAGCCAAAACUCGCUUCGUGUGAGACCCACUUUAGAUGUUGUCUGAGGAGUGUGGGCAUGUGAUAGCAUACCUAUAAACAAGGCAAUGCUGAAUUACCUCCCUUGAGGUCACUCUCCCAUUCAAAAGAUACAUUUUUAUGAGUGUGCUGUGGCAAGGUGGGACCUCAGUUAAAAUGGUAUAAGGUAGUUCAAGACCAAACUUUGAGACAGAUUCAACGUGUAAGCUUAUUUGGAUAGCCCAGAAUAAACAUCAUGUAUUAUUUUAAUCCAUUCAGAGAUAGUUUUAAAAUCCCGACCCAAACUAAAUAUAAUGGACAGCGUUGUUGAACUCUUAGGCAGAAAAACAUCAACUUUGGUUAAAGGACAAAAACAUAUUUCAUUCGAAAGCAGGAUACUCAAGCUUUCUAAAAAGUACCAUACUUCAUUAUUUUCAUGAGAUUUCUCUGGAUAACAAGAAGAACAAUACUACAGUAUGGCACAAAUGGCUGAUGUGAGUUGAGGUAGGCAUCUUGAGAAUUUUAUCCAAUCAAACACCUUGCUAUCAGAUUAGGUGGCUGAAGCUGUGAAGGUGCCUUUACCCAUUCACUCCAGAUAGAUAACUGUUCUCUUUGUAUUGCACGAGUGAUGUAUAACAAGCCACAAAACUUUAGGGUAAAGGCAAGAAUGAACAGUGGACUUUUCCUACGGAAGGCCAGCUUCCCUCUUUCCAAAUAACCUCCAACCACCUUUUUUUUUCUUUUUUUUUCUCCCUUUUGACUGACCUUGAACAGAAAGGGUGUAACUGAUUUCAUUGCCUUACAUGAAGCUUACAAAUGUUCAGGUCAUGGAUGGGCACUGUAAAGGCUGGGUGUCUGUUGUAUACUAGAUCAAUUACAAGUGUGGAGGUUUGCAUUCCUGUCUGAUCUAAUUGGAUUGGCCAUUCUCUGUAUACUAAAUCGUCAUUGUCAGCUUCAAGUGCUUCAGCCCUUUUCAUGCCACUGUUGUUGUGAACUUCUGAUCAUCCAAAGAACAGUCAUUGCACGUUUACGAAAAAAUAUUUUAGUUAUUUUACCUUUGGCUACUUUUUAACCUUGAGAUUAACAUGUUGUUAAGGUUUGGUUUGUAUUUUAGAAAUAAAAUCUUGAGGAUUUUGUUUUAAUGUCAUUUAUGCAGAUUUCUUGUACUUUUAGUACAUAUAAAGUCCUUUAAUUUGAAAAUCACAGUAUUUUCAUUUUGUACAAGUAGUAAGUGAAGGACAGGUAGUAAGUGAAAGUGAAGGACAAGUAGUCAGUGAAAGACAAGUAGUAAGUGUAGUAACUAAAGGCCAAGUAGUAAGUGAAGGACAAGUAGUAAGUGAAGGACAAGUAGUAAGUGUAGUAAAGGAAAGACAAGUAGUAAGUGAACAACAAGUGUUAAGUGAAGGACAAGCACAUGUAGUAAGUGAACGAUAUUAUAUGAAUACUAUGAAUGUUGCACUUCAUUCAAGCUUCACAAUCUCAGGCCUUGUACAUGAAGUUGCUACCUGUACUGAUAUGUUGUGUAAUAGAUCUGAAGUAUCACCUCCUCAGCCAUUCUGUUGAACUGUCUUGGAAUACAGAGACCAAAACUCUGCACCAAUCAGAAUCAUCACUUCACUGUCCAAAAAAAUGGAAGCAAGAAUUUGAUUGGACAACCAUCAUGUACGCUGGCAAUGGGUUAUAUUUUAAAUCUGUAGUAAUCAACGACAAGAAGUCAGUUUUAGUCAGUAGCGAUGUCAAGAUCUGACCUCAAUUUCAGAUAGCAAUUUUAUAUUAGUAAAUGAAAGCUGUAGCCAAAAAUGAACAAUGGCUGGACAUUUAUGACAUACUGUACUUCAGUACUGUUAAGAUGUUUAUGUUAAAUGAGUAUAAAGUAUGCAAAUAAGAGAAGAGUGUAAAAUGUCCAAAUUCUCCUGCUUCCUAUACAGUGGUCUGGUUGUGUAUUGGACACAAGGGUUGCAGUAAUAUCUUAUCAGUGAUCAUGCAGUCUGACAUGAAGUUCACAGAACACUUGCCUUGAUUCCCCCAAUAUGACUGGUGUGACAGAUAGAAAAAUUUGCCAUUGAACACAUACAUGAAACUCUGUGGCUUACAGAAGACAUUUGCGUUCCCUCCACUGUCAAUUUUACUCGCUGCCUUCAUAUAAGUGAAGAAUUCUUGACUAUGGCAUUAAACAACAAUCAAAAGAAGAAAUCAGUCAAAAUUUGAUUGGUUGGUUGAUUGAUUGAUUUAAUUUUAUGCCAUACUCAAGAACAUUUCACUUAUAUGAUUACCAACAUUAUGGUGAGAGGAUUGAUUGAUUGGUGUUUAACUCAAGAAUACAUGGAUUUCGUUUUAACAUAUGACGGUGGAUUUCAUGAGUGGAGGUAUGUGGAUGGUCAGGUCAGUAAACCACUGGGGUCCACUGACAUAUUUUCCCAUGUUUGAUGCACCCUCACAUUUACACCCGUAGAGUGAUUAAACUUAAUACAAAUUAAUUUGUAUGCCAUCUCGGUCAAAGGCAGGUUUCUCCAAAGAACUUCUUGUAAGGCAACAUGAAAAGUUUGCUGUCAGCCAUUUAUUAUCGCCUGAAGGCCCCCAGAUCAAUGGAGGUAUGGGAGACUUGGAUUCCCUCUUCAUAAUCCUCGUGAUUAUAAUUUAACGAGACAAUUUUAGACUAAAAAAAAAGUCUUCUGACCUUGGAGCAUCUCUCUAAAUGUACCCCAGUGUACAUGGUAUAAACCAUCAAAUAUACCUGUGAAUGUGAAAUUUUUUUUCAGUGCCUCUUAUUUAUAGAAUGUGAUUUUAUGUAAGGUUGUUCAUGUAUAGAUAUGAUUAUAAUUUUAACCACAUGUAUUGCCUGUGUAUUAUAACCACUUAGUAACAACACAUACCGGUAUAUCCUUCUUAGCGUCUGAUGUUUUGAAGUCGACUGAGUUGGCUCUUGAAAUACAUUUAUAGCCUUAGAAAAGGUGGGGUUUUUUUUUUGGGUUUUUUUUGAUAUGGCAUAAGGUUAAUUGUAUGCAUGUUAAACACAUCUAUUUGCAUAUUUUCAAAUAUGAUGGUUUGUAUGGUUUUUUAACUGAAUUCUUGUCUAUCUCAUUUCAGUCACAUUUGUUUUGCUUAUGAGAUGUGUUAAGAAUGGGUUGUAACAGUAUUUCUACACACACAUGAAAUCUUGUAUAAAUACAGCAGCUGCUUUUGUUUCCAAAUCCUUAAGGAACUUUCAGGUAAUCAUAAAUCAAAAACAAAAAAUUGACAGACUAUAGAUAUAAGCCUGCAGUAGAACACUUAGUAAAAUGUGGUUUUAAAGGCCAGUCUAUAUAUACCACUGAAGCAAUUGUGUCAUUUAUGGAUCGGAAAUACUGCACAAUUUACUCAUGGUAUCAGUUUAAAUAAAGUGUUGCUCAAUAAACAUGGGUUAAGUCCCUUGACAGGCUCAUUAUAGCCAGCUGCCAUGAAGUACAUCAGUUACACGUAGGUUGAUUUUUGCAGGUGCCCUCAUGUGUUAUAUGUGUAAUGUUUAGUAUAGUUGCUCGGGCUUGAUGCAGUUAUUUUGGGCAUAACUUUGUAAAUUUUUGACAGUCUUUACGAUUAAUUAAAUUUGCUUUGUUUAAUUAAAGUGUUAGAUGCUGUACACAAGCAAAGACUUCAAAUUUUUUUUAAAAUUAGCUUGCAUUAAUGGUGCUGUUUUUGUGGAAAAAAAUUAACGUUUUGGCUUCCUUCUAAACAUCAUUUGCUUUUUUAACUCAUGAUUUAACAUUCCAUAACAUUUUUCUUUACAAUCUUACAACAAAAUUUAUUUAUUUUAGCAUUUUAUUGAUCAAAUCGAAAAUCAUAAAAUUGCAUAUUAUAUAAGCUUGUUUUCUUACUUAAAAUUCUUUUGGUAAAAUAUGUGAUGUCAGAGAGGAAAUCAAUGCCAAAGUUUUGUGUGAAGUGAGGUGGAAGUGUACCUGUAAAAUGUGACAUCAGACAAAUGUUCUUGUAAUGGUGUCACAUCAGACAUAAAUGUUCUUGUAAUGGUGUCACCUCAGACAUAAAUGUUCUUGUAAUGGUGUCACAUCAGACAUAAAUGUUUUUGUAAUGGUGUCACAUCAGACAUAAAUGUUCUCGUAAUGGUGUCACAUCAGACCUAAAUGUUCUUGUAACAGUGUGAAAUCAGACAAAUGCCCUUGUAACAGUGUGACAUCAGACAUGAAUGUUCUUGUAACGGCGUGACACCAGAUGGAAUGUUGCAGUCAUUAUGUGACAUCUGCAAAGGAAAAUGGUCUCGGUCAUUAAAACAUUCUCAAGUCUUCUGAUACAUCAUACAUACAACUAUGUAUUGAUUGUCUAAUAUUUCUCUUAUGUAGUCUUGAAUAUGCAAAUUGAACCUGUUCCCAAGCACUUUGUUACCAUGGUAACUUCUGGUCAUUGGUGGAUAGAGAUAAACUUGGAAUAGAGCUGAAGUAUUAUUAUCAACUUUGUAUCCACCUCAUACAGUGAAAUAUUUAAUUCUGAAAUAUGGGUGACAUGACAGUCGUUGAUUCCUGGUCGCCGAAAGUCAUUUUGGUUUCAAGAUUUUGAAGAAUCAACCGGCUGAUUAACUUGGUUAAUAACACAUGUAUGUCCAACACCUCUGUCAGACUAAUGUUCUUCAAUUCUUAGUACCAAGAAAGUAAAUGUGUGUACAGAAGUCUGCUAAAGGCAAUUAUAACGGAAUGUUUUGUUCUUGCAUUCUGAUUUAGUUUGUUGGUUGUUAUGUCCAGGGUAACAUGUAGCCUCCCCAUAGUGUAGGAUCACGAAUGUUUCAACUACUCAUUCAUGUUAAGUGAAUAACACUGGGUGUUGCAUCGCAUUGCGCUACUUGCCUUUAAUAUCUCUUUGUAUAUAUACAUGUAUAUUAAGCACUGUGAUAAUUCAAGCUGGGGUGUGUGUGGCUGUUAGGCAGACUCAGUAUAGGUAUACAUAGACUAGUAAGCAAUGGUAUAUUUGUGAAUUAACGUGUGAUUAAAAAGCUUUUCUUAUGAUGUAAGCAGGUGAAAUUUCGUCAAGCUAUGGCGUUAAACAGUAAUGAAAUAAAGGGUUAAGCAUGCAUAAAAUAAACGAGGCUGAAAGUUCUGACUGUCGAGACUCUACAUGUGUGUAGCCUUUCGUGAAGCGAGUGCAUUGUACUUUAAUGUGGCAUGAUGAGGCAGUGUAGCUAGGGCAUAGUAACUAGAUUAGGGCUACACUUCUUUGGGCCAAAGAAUUAGACCGGAACUGUGACGAGGAAGAUUUAUCUUGUUGGCAUGGUUAACUAUUGUCCAAACGUUACCAAUCGGCCAUUAAAUCUUUUAGCCCUGGUAGCCGCCUCUACCAUUGUUCUGGGACGUUUCCCACAACUGGCUGAGUGGUAUAAAUUGCCCACACUCAACACCACUAAUUAACGUUUUGCUAGCUUAAAUCAUGUUAGAGAGCCAGUGAACUGGCUGCGACUCUGAGGGGAAAAUAAAACUAGCAUAAGCGUACAUUAUGGCAAGCUAUUGUGUAACUGCUUUUUCUUUACACCCAUAGAGUAGUGAUUAGAAUGAUAAAAGAUAUCAUGCAUCCUUUAAUAGUUUGGUUUUAGGCAAUUUAAUCAGCUCGCUCAGUCCAUUGCCACUUCAUUGGUGAAAUAGCUGUGUUAAAAACAAUGUAACGUAAAGUAAUGAUGCGGCAAAUGUGGGUGUGAAGUGGUUGGCAUGUAAAAGUUGUAUUAGAAAAUGUUAACUUCACAGAAUAUUGAUUGUCAGGAACCUAGCUGCUUUGUGAGAAAAUAAUGUUAUGCAAUUGUAGAAACACACAUUGUUGUACAAGACUGUAUGGUAUGAGACUUUGCAUUGUGGGACCCUUUGGGAGGAACUCUGGCGAAGUGGUCCCAAGGUGAGACGUUCUAGUGCUGUGAUAGGAUUGACAUGUACUCGGAUAUUGCCACAUCACAGCAGAGAAUGAUGACACGACUUUUAUCCAGUUUGGGACUGAUUUGUGUUGGGCAUCAGCAUUCCCUGUGUACUGGAGAUUUUUGGCAAAACAUGGAUCAACGCAAAUCCAGUUGC